AUGAAUAACGGUAAUAGUAGUAAAGAUACAUUUCCAUAUCGAUCAGUUUCUUAUGGCAUCCAAUGGAAAGGAGUCUAUGAACAUGCAUACAAGAACUGCGAUAUCGUGGGAGUUACCAGACCUUUAACAUUUGCGGCUUAUCAAUUUAACGUACUUCAUCAUAUUAUUUAUGCUAAGAACUUUGAUGUGUAUUUCGCAGUUGCCAAGGAUCAUACUAUUAGAGUACUGAACAAGGACUUCAUUGAGGUAUUUCAAACUGCCUCCGAGUUGAGGGCCGUAUUGUUUUUACUCUUUAAUCCGAGAACAAAUGAUCUUAUUACUGGCGGUGCAGGAGGCAUGAGAAUUUAUGAGUAUAAGCAACGGAAAAAGAAACCAUUUGAACAAAGAGAGUCGAUUCUGAUGUCAGAUUAUAAGCUAAACGUAAAACAAUUCUACCCCGAUGUCGGCGGAAGUUGGGUGAAGAAAAUGCAGCUUAAUCAUAAAAUGCAGCACGUGUACUGCAUGUCUGAUACGGAUGUCUUUGUAUACGACUGCGUCGAUGGCCACAAAAUUUUUAAAAUCACGAGUGCUCACAAAGCUAUGAUAACAGGAUGUGUACAUUCCUUAGUAUCAAGACUAGUUGUAACCUGUUCUAAGGAUACAUACGUGAAGGUAUGGACUGAUAAUGGAAAUCAUUUAGCAACAAUGAAAGGGCACUCUAAGGCAAUUACUAAUAUGAUUCAGCAUCCAAAUAGUGAGAUGCUAGUGCUAACUUCUUCCUCUGACGGCACAAUAAAAAUUUGGUCUUUACAUAUCAUGGCGCAGAUCUAUUCGAUAUCAAUUAUGCCGUCCGGUAUACCAUGGAUAGGCAUAGCACAUAACAACAAUAUUUAUGUUGCUUCUAAUCGGCAAUGUGAAAUGUGGUCAUUAAACCAUCUCGUCGAUUUUUGGGCUAAUACUUACUCUCCUGUGAUUUCAAUUUCUCUAGCAUCGUUCACAAAAAAAUUUACUCAUGUUAUCGCACUUAGUGAUGAUAAUAGCAUUAGAAUACUUUCCGUGAAAAAAAAGAAAAGAAUAACCACAAUCUUACCUCCACCAACACUUUCGGCAUUAAGUCGCGUUAUCGACAUGGCAUACAGUCGCUACCAUAGUUUAUUCUACGUUCUACUCAAUCCUACAGAGAUAUGGAUCUAUACAACUCGGACCGACCCUGCAUGUCGAAUCACGGUAUGGAAUAAAGAAAUCAUCGAAAGUAUUUUAUAUGAUCGUAGUAUCAGUAAAGGUAGACAAGAAAAGCAGGAAGUGACAAGUCUGGCAAUUGUGAAUAGUUUCAUUGAAAUUAAUAGUACUACUUACGAUUCCGAGAAUAUUGAUCAUUCGCUUAGAAUAGACAGUAACGAUUCUGAAGGGAGACCAAAUGCUACAAAUUUGCCCUCAUUUUUAGCUAUUGGAACAAAAAAUGGAAGGAUAGUAUUUAUUCAUCCCGCUCACAAGGAACGAAUUUAUAAACGUCUUACUUCCAGAGAUCCGGUGUCACAGAUAAAUCAUGAUGUAGAAGAGAAGAAACUAAUCAUUCUAUCAAUCCGGCGUGACCAUAAGAUCAUUCAGUUUUUUUCAUUGCCUAAUCUCGAACUCAAGCAUGAAGUACAUUGCGCGAUCACUCUGUCAAAAUAUUGCCUUAUGUCUCCAGUUUUACUAUGCGGUCAUUCAGAUGGAAAGUUAAGAAAAUGCCAUUUACAUAGCGCCAAUAUUUCCAAGAAUGAAAUGGUAGAAGUUGCUCCGUCUCAUUUUAAUUCGGUCUUGUGUAUUGAUAAAUGCAUAAGUCGGAAGGUUUUUUUAACCUCUUGCAAAGAUGGUAUUAUCAAAGUUUGGGAUAUAAAUGCCUGUCUUAUUAGCGAAAUCACCUUAGAUCAUACUUUAUUGUCGGUAAACUUCUUACCAAAGCAAGGAGAUAUGCUAUUAGGAUUUAAAGGACAUUUAUUUUUAAUACCUGCAACUAAAAUUUUUCAGCGUGAAAUUGAAGAUGCUAAUCAAUCUGAUCAUUAUUCAGAUUCAGAAGUGGCAGUGACAGAUAACUUUAUUGACAGUGUUAACACGCCAGAACAAGUGACAAUGGAGGAUUACUUGAUGCCCUACAAGCUAUCCUUAGAAAAUUCAUGGUUUAUCGAAAAGGAUGAUCAAACAGAAGGAAAGCGAGCACUUAAAAAAAUAUCAGAAAUUCCCAAAAAGGUAGUUUCUGCGGAAUCUGAAACCGAUUAUCGGGUUCCUAUCGAAGUAUAUGAAUCUUCGAUGGAAGAAGAAUCUGAUAUUUCAAUCAACUUUGAAGAGAUAUCUCUCGGGAAGUCCCCAAUGAGCACUCCCUUUUCUUCAGAAGCUAGUGGAAGUGAAGAACUUACCGAUAUGAAGAAAAGCGAUAAUUUUCCUCAAUGGGAUGGUACAACGGAACUGAACAAAUCACCAGAUGUUAUCCAACUGGAAUACUUAUUAGCAUCGUCGCAAAAUAAGAAAAAUACUAAGGUAGAAAAUGGUCAAAGACCAACUAAAAGGAAAGUAGUUAGACGUAGCCGUAAAGAUAGAAUAAAGUCGUCAGAAACAACUAAGAAUCGUGGAAAAGAAAUUAAAAAUUUAAAAGAUGCCAAAAAAACUGAUCGACAAAAUUUUAAAGUCACUGAAGCUGCUAAAGUUUUAUCUGCUGUUGAAAGUAAUCGCGAAGCAAAAAGUCAGUCAGGCUAUAGGCAAGAUGACAAGUAUUACCGAAAUAAUAACGCACAAAGGUUUGACGUAAAAGAUCAUGCUAAAACUGAUACAAUCAAUGAAAAAGAGUUCAACCCUGUCAUAGAUGAUGUCGUAAGUGAUGAGUCGAGAGGUAUUAGAGAAAACGACAGUGUAUCAGGGUCUUAUAAAACUACUACUAGCGGCGUUCAACGGAAUUACAGACCUAGGAAUAUUUUACAGCGUAGUAAUACGGCAUUAGAUAAUAUUAGAAUUCAGGAAAAAACUAAUGCCUUAAAUGGAACCAAUUCACCCUGUAGUUAUACUGGAAAGAGCAAUCGAGCAAUCGUUAGAACUAGAUCAGAAUUAGUUUAUAAAUCGGUAUCGCAUGUUAAUCGUAAAGAAAAACUGCGUAAACAUCAAGAAAUAAAAACUAAUCAAAAAGAAAAAGAAUUCUCUCGACCAGAAAUUCAUAUUCAAACCGGGAAGGUUCAAAAGAAUCAUUUUGAUGAUAGCUAUAGAAUCGAUCAUGGGCAUUCUCCUCUUGCUGUAGAUGCUCCUCUUACAACUUCCUCUGAAAAUCACUUUGAUUUUAUCAUUGAAGAUGAAUGUGAAUUGUUAGCUAGUAGUACUGAUAUUGAAAUUCAAGAUGUUCAUCAAGACUACAAUAAAAAAAUUGUCAUCAAUCAAGAAUCCCAAAAUGCUUCAGGCAUUCACGCACCUGUUUCCUUAACUCAGAUGAAUAGAUCGAAAAUAAAAAAUAGAAGGUUGGAUAAAGUCUCGUCUAUUAACGAUAAUAAGAAAAGUCACGAAAUUAGAGAUAAGCAAAAGCCAUCAACAGUGGACGUGAACCCGUUUAAUUCUCAAGUCCCGAUUCACUAUCCACCCGAUUGGUAUAUAAAAUACAUUCAAAGAUUGCGCCAGUUAAAGGAAGAAAGGAGAGAUAAACAUGUUAAUGCUGCUAAGAAGCGUCUGGAAUUAGAAACAGAGAGAUUAAAACGUCAAAGGAAUCUUAUUUGGAACAAACUAUAA